AGAACCGUUCAUUGCCAGUUCACGAAUUAAUCACGGGCAAGUAUAUUAUGGAAAUUCCAACAUCACUGAAUCUUAUCAUUGCAAAUUGAGUGCUCGAAAUAAACAAUUUGAAAUAAACUGAUUACACGUUUUUUAAUUAAAGGAAAAAUGUUUUUAAGGACAAUAAUAGCUCUGAUAUUAUGUUAUGUUUGCAUAGUAGUUAUGGGAGAUAAUGCCACUGAAUAUGUAUCACCUGUUUUGAAUCGUCCAAAGAAGUUCCCGAAUCGAUUUAGUUUUGCAGGAAAAACCUAUUAUGUGGAUUCCGUAUUCAAGACAAAUUUCUUCAAAGCGGUACAAUUUUGUAGAUUACAAGGAAUGCAACUAUGGACUAUUAAUAAUAACGAAGAAGAUGCCAGGAUGGUAAAAUUUCUUCAAGAAAAAGGUUUGGAUCAUCGACGUUAUUGGACGUCAGGUGCAAAUCUCGGUGAUCGUGAUCAGUGGGUAUGGCUGUCUACAGGUCUUGAUGUUAUAUAUGCCAAUUGGCCCCCUGGACAACCUUCUUACUCUUAUAAUGGUAAGGAGGAGAAUUGUAUUGAGUACCGUGGUUGGGGAGGUACCCCGAAUGGGUUUGCAAUUAAUGACAUGGAUUGUAUGGCAGAGUUUUAUUUUAUUUGUGAAUCGAGUAACGAUUGCGCUAACUGCCGGAAUUAAAUCAUACAGUUCUUUCAAUUAUAGUUGCAAAAGUUUAAAAGCGGCAUUGAUUUAGCAACAUAAACCAAGAACGAAAAAGUUUUUAUUAUUAGGUAGUCGGAUAAAUGAGCAUUUUGUAGGUCAAGUAGAUCAAGUACAUUUAUUUUUAAAUGUUAUAUUUACGUAGUGCCGUUCAUGAGUUUUUAGCCUAGUAUACAAAGGAAAAAAUCUGUGAUUAUUCAUCAGUUAUACUCUCCAUACAUUUUUCAGAACUUCUGACUGAAGCCAUAAAAAUAUUAUGCAUCUCUAGAGUAAAAAUGUUCUUACAUUAUCUAUUCAAUUUCAUCUUCGCUAUCAAAUCUCGUACUCGUUAACUCGACCUUUAGCUUUGCGAACAAAUAAAUAAUCAGACGGGGCCUGAUCAGGGCUAUAUGGUGAGAUUAAAUCUCUGUGAACUUACAUUCGUGUAAAGUAGCCUUGGAAAGCAAAGCAGUGUGGGCUGGAGCAUCGUCAUGUAGCAAGCGCACACCUCGGCUGAUUUUGUCGUGCGCAGUCCUCAAAAUAUCACUUGUUUGGUAUCACAUUUGCUUAUUUAGUACAGCCCUUUUUUCCGAUAGCACUCCAGGAAUCACUUCUUGAUAUCGAGUCAUAGUAAAAGACCAAAGCUACAAAUAGCUAACAACAUUCUAUUCGACGCUGUUUUUGCACUAUGCUGAGAAUUCGGAGCACACUCCUUGCACUAUUAAACACUAACGUAAUAUCCACAGAAUACUUGUUUUAUAAAUGCUGGGAUGUACUGCAAUCUCCCUCUCGCGGAUCCAUCUUCUAAUGAUUUUCGUUUCUAGCGAAACAACUUAGACCAAAAGACCAAAAGAUGUAGACACCGUAAACAGCCUCCAUUCUCUUUUUUAAGUUGGUGUUAAUCAACAGUGUGAAACUCAAUUUUAGACAUUUUUCAAAACAACUUGACUGAGUGGUCGAUCGAACUCUACUUUAAUAAAAUGGAUCGAAACAGCAGGUAUAAGUUUUGUAUGAAGUUUGUUUGAGACUUGUCACUGCACUUUAUUUACUAUAUGAGGCCAAGAACUCAUUAAACGUUAUACGUUUAAUUCCAAAAUCGUACAUCUAUCUUUUAUCAGGUCAUAACUCGUUACGCACAAAUUUGAAUACAUAAACUGAUUUCGUUCGUGGUAAUUGACGUGAACUGGUUGAUUUUUUUUUGGAAAACGAAAUUUCGAAGCAAUACAUAAACAAAAAUAAAUUUUUUUUCGUAAAACUAAACAAAUAUUCCAGGCAACUAUAGAUAUGAAAAAGAGGAAUAAAUAAAAUUAUUGUUAACGUACUUAAUGAUUUGAUCGCUUUGCAUAAAAACCGCUGCAGUUGUUCAAGUUGUUAAUGAAAAGUUGUAAGUUAUAUAUACGUACUCAAUUUUAUAAAUAAAUGCAUAUGAAACUA